AUGGCCAUCCGAGAUCAGGAGAGUGUGAAGUGGCCAUACCCUUUGAAGCCCAAUGUCAGAAACCAAGAGCAAUAUUGCCACUUCCAUCGCAGUCAUGGACACACUACUGAAGCAUGCAGACAGCUAAAGGGAGAAAUUGAGAGACUGAUCCGACAAGGAUACCUCCGACCAUUCACCAAGAAUUCAACAGCCCGAGAAGAGGUUGUGGGCGAAAUUGAAACCAUUGCUGGGGGCCCUUCAACGCCUUGUCAAGUUUUGAUGGCAGAGAACAAAGAGCUACCUACAAAGAAACUUCAUGCCGAUCACUCCAUCACCUUUGAAGAGUCUGAUCUAGAAGGCAUAAAGACUCCUUAUAAAGAUCCACUGGUGAUUAGCGCAGGAAUAGGCGACCCAUGCUAUAAUGUUAAAAGGAUAUUGGUCGACAAUGGGAGAUCAGUAGAUGUUUUAUUCUACUCAACUUUUCUUAAUAUGGGCCUGUCCAGAGAGAAACUCCUACCCGCUGCCGAUCCACUAUACGAAUUUGAUAACUGA